AUUUAAAUGAGUGAGAGUGACGAGCCUCUACCGCUGAGACAUCUUGUUCUACAUUUCGAUCUGAACAAGACCAUCCUGACUAGAGACCCAUAUGACCAUAUUGACUCAACAGAGAUCUUCUUGUGAGACACUAUCUGAAGAAUGGCAUGGGGAGAAGUUACAUUCACAGACGAGGAACAGCAAAAAGAUGAAGAACUUGAUGAACAGCAAAGGGCUGAUAAGUACCUUGCAGCAACUUGGACCUUGAAAUCAGAAGAUCUUACACAAGAUUCACCUGAAGAAAGUCUGAUUAGCUAUAGACAAUACCUUGACAUCUGCCACCCAUUUAAAAGACCAGAGAACGAUGAAGAGUUUCAGGAUCAAACUGAACGAAACAAGAAAAUUCUUGACUUUCUCUCUGACCAAGGGAGUAUUUUUAAGAAACAGUAUGAUAUCCUACAUGAGAAAAUGAAGCUCCCUGCUGACGCCAAGGUUGAUGAAAACAUCACUGGGGACUUCAAGCAAGCUUACGAUGUUGGAAGGUUUAACAUCAUUCCAGGCUUCUUUAAAACUUUGAAGGCGCUCAGUGAUCAAAAGAGAUCAUUUUCCUUAGCUUUCAGAACACAUGGAAGAGAACUUAGGAAUGUAAUUGACGAGUUCAAUAACUUUUGUGAAGGAAAGCAUCCUGCUUAUAAUGGGCAUUCAGGCGAGCAAAUCUUUUUCAAUGGAACCAAAUCCAGAGAUCUGAGGAUCAAAGACAGACAAACAGGGAUGUACUUCAGAUUUGGAAGGGAACUCUCUGAUGUAAACCUCAUCAUGAACAGCUUGGAAAGAAUUCAGUGUAAUAACAUGGAUGACCUCCUUGACGGGUACGGUAGACAAAUCGAAGAAGGUACUGUCGCUCAUUAUUCAGACUCUAUUGAGGAGAAUUACAUGGUAAUAAUGGACACUCUCAAGAAAUAUGGAUCUCUCGCGCUUCAUGAUGACUUUUAUGCCUACUAUCUCAAUAAGGAUGACAAUGAUUUUGGAAAAUUAUUCUUAGUUGAUCAAACAGAUUUUACAACCCAGCAUAUUUUCUUUGAUGAUAUGGCAGUUGAAGGGCCAACUUCGAAUAUUGAUAUUAGGGAUAUCUCUACAAUGGAAAAAGUUCCUGAGAGGAAAUUCAGAGACAAAUACGUUGUAAGAGCUAAUAUCUAUGAAGCCAUUAAAGAUGAAGACUACUUCCUGAAAACUAUCGCUAAAUGUGAAAGAGCAAGAGACAGAGAAAUAGAAAGACUCCAGGAUGGUAUUCUAUCAUCUGAGGAUGAAGAAGAGGAGAUUCCUGAGGAUAAAUGGGAAACUUUACAAAAUUUACCAAAUGAAGAAUAUCUCGUAAAGACCAUAGCUCCUCUGUUAUAUCAGGGACUAAACUUCAUCUCGACUGAGAGACCGACUAACCCUAUUGAGUUCCUUGCAUUAUAUAUGCUGCAGAACAAACAUUUGGUUGAUAUUCCCAAGCCACAAGUUCCUGAAGCUGAAGGAGAGUAGAAUAUUUUCAAUUAUAUCGUCAAG